AUGAAAAUCAACAUUGCGAUUGAUGGUCCAGCUGGUUCUGGCAAAACUACUCUUGGUCGAGAACUAGCUCGAAGAAUCGACUAUCAUUUUCUUGACAGCGGACUUUUUUAUCGUUACUUUGCUAAACUCCUUACUGAAAAUGGUUAUAAUCCUUUGGAAAAAGCAAAGGUGAUAGAGUUUUGUUUGCAAAAGAAAACAGUUAUUGCUAAGGAUCCAAAACUUUUUUUCCAGAAAUUAGAAAAUCAGCAAAUCAUUUUGUCUCACCCCAAAGUAAGUAAUUUGGCUUCACUUUUUUCUCCAAUUCAAGAAUUAAGACAAAUAAUUCGUGAGUUAAUUAGGGAAUUAUUAAAAAAUAAAGGAUUUGUAGUAGUUGGUCGUGAUAUGACCUUUAAAGUAUUACCCGAAGCAGAAGUUAAAAUAUUUCUGACUGCUAGUCAAUCAAAAAGGAUUGAAAGAAGAUAUCAACAAUUAAAAGAAAGCAAAGAACAUUUAUCUUUAGAAGAAGUAAAAAAAGAUUUGGUUGAGCGUGAUAAAAGAGACGAGUGA